GCCCCGCCUCCGUCCCCACCGCCCCCUCCCCUGUCGCGCGCUGGGGGUGUUUCUCGCUCCUCCCGAGUUACAGCCGAGGUUGCGGCUGCUCCUCCUCUCCCAGUCUUGGGUUUCCCUGGCGCUGCCGCCGCAGCUACCUCUGCGGGCUGUAUGAGGAGGAGGAGGAGGAGGAUGUGAAGAUGGCGGAGCUGCAGAUGCUGCUGGAAGAGGAAAUCCCGGGGGGCCGCCGGGCCCUUUUCGACAGUUACACGAAUCUGGAACGGGUGGCCGACUACUGCGAGAACAACUACAUCCAGUCAGCAGACAAGCAGCGAGCCCUAGAAGAAACCAAAGCCUACACCACCCAAUCCUUAGCGAGUGUUGCCUAUCUGAUAAACACCUUGGCCAACAAUGUCCUGCAGAUGCUGGAUAUCCAGGCAUCCCAGUUACGAAGAAUGGAAUCUUCAAUCAAUCAUAUUUCACAAACAGUUGAUAUUCAUAAAGAGAAAGUUGCAAGAAGAGAAAUUGGCAUUUUGACUACCAAUAAAAACACUUCAAGGACACAUAAGAUUAUUGCUCCAGCCAAUCUUGAGCGACCAGUUCGUUAUAUUAGAAAACCUAUUGAUUAUACAAUUCUGGAUGACAUUGGGCAUGGGGUAAAGGUGAGUACCCAGAAUAUGAAGAUGGGUGGGCUGCCACGUACAACACCUCCAACUCAGAAACCCCCCAGUCCCCCUAUGUCAGGGAAAGGGACACUUGGGCGGCACUCCCCCUAUCGCACACUGGAGCCAGUGCGUCCUCCAGUGGUACCAAAUGAUUACGUACCUAGCCCAACCCGUAAUAUGGCUCCCUCGCAGCAGAGCCCUGUGAGGACAGCUUCUGUGAAUCAAAGAAAUCGAACUUACAGCAGCAGUGGGAGUAGUGGAGGAAGCCACCCAAGUAGUCGGAGCAGCAGCCGGGAGAACAGUGGAAGUGGGAGUGUGGGGGUUCCUAUUGCUGUUCCUACUCCAUCUCCUCCCAGUGUGUUUCCAGCCCCUGCUGGCUCCUCUGGCACUCCUCCCCUUCCUGCUACUUCUGCAUCUGCUCCUGCCCCUCUUGUUCCUGCUACUGUUCCCUCCUCCAUUGCCCCAGAGGCUGCUGCUGGGGGUGCCCAGACCCUUGCUGAUGGCUUCACUUCUCCAACUCCCCCUGUUGUUUCUUCUAAUCCCCCUACAGGUCAUCCUGUUCAGUUCUACAGCAUGAAUAGACCUGCUUCUCGCCAUACACCCCCAACAAUAGGGGGCUCCUUGCCCUAUAGACGCCCUCCUUCCAUAACGUCACAAACAAGCCUUCAGAAUCAGCUGAAUGGAGGACCUUUUUAUAGCCAGAAUCCAGUAUCUCUUGCUCCUCCUCCUCCUCCCUCCAUCCUACAGGUAACUCCUCAGUUACCUUUAAUGGGAUUUGUGGCCAGAGUUCAAGAAAAUAUUUCAGAUACACCACCUCCACCACCACCUGUGGAAGAACCAGUCUUUGAUGAAUCACCCCCUCCACCACCUCCUCCAGAAGAUUAUGAAGAGGAGGAAGCAGCUGUGGUUGAGUAUAGUGAUCCUUAUGCUGAAGAGGACCCACCAUGGGCUCCAAGGUCUUACUUGGAAAAGGUUGUGGCAAUUUAUGAUUAUACAAAAGACAAAGAAGAUGAGCUGUCCUUUCAGGAAGGAGCCAUUAUUUAUGUCAUCAAGAAGAAUGACGAUGGUUGGUAUGAGGGAGUUAUGAAUGGAGUGACUGGGCUCUUUCCUGGGAAUUAUGUUGAGUCUAUCAUGCAUUAUUCUGAGUAAAGCUCAGCAGGGCUGUGCUUCCCUCACAGAAAUAGUCAGGUCUUCCAGAAUAUCCGGAGGCCCUGGGGAUUUCCCUCCAGUGAAAUAGAAUGAAGGAUACAAAUGAUAAAAACUACUUAUUUUAUUUUAUUUUUUUUAGUUCAUCCCCCAGUAUUAAAACAAAAACAAAAAACCAAGACAAGUCUGAAAAAAUGGAUCUUUCUAUACACAUCAUUUAUACUAUGCUGAGCUGUCUGGAUUGAAAUAAAGUGACCAUUUCUGAAUAAAUCAAAAGUCAGAUUAAGACUGGUUCAGGAAAAAAUCUGUGAUCUUUCUCA